ACUGGAAUGCAACGCUUGCCGAUGGGAUUUAAACGUAAAGGAAUGCAAAAAAAACAUUUGUUUCUCGCAUGUUGGGUUUAAAUAAUGUUUUUGUGUUUUACUGAUAUAGCACGUGUCGCUUAUACAGAAUUCAGCGCAUUUAGCAACACUUGCUUUGUUUAUUGUAAGAGGGACAGGCGUAUUUCCUGAAGAAAUCAGCAAGAACGACGCUUUCUCAACUCUCGCAAAUGGUUUGGUGAAAGAUGUGGAUUUAUAUUUGUCGAAAUGACCUAUAUAAUUCACCUAACGGUUUUCAUGUUGAUCGUCAAUAUCGAGAGAACAUGCUGCUUAAAUCCGCCUCAGGAUUUAAAGAUAGUCAAAUCACAGUUGCUGUGGAAGCCACCUGAAGUAGAUGAAGAUCUGCGGUAUUCCCUUCAGUAUAAACUUGACUCCAAAGCAGAGGAUAAAUGGUACAACGUGUCAAGCCAUAUCAACAAAAACGUUUUCAACAUCACUGAUGAAUUUUAUGGAGCUUUAUUUCGGGUCCGUGCAGAGAAGGGAAACCACAUCUCAGAAUGGGCCAUUUCAAAUCGAGUCAAUUGUGUAAAUGUAAAUUCUUGUGCUCCUGUGGUGAAUCUAUCUGAGAAACCAGGAAUUGUUUCCUUAACUCUGGCACAUAUGGACCAGAGCUUGGAGAAAGAACAUGGAGAACAUCUUGAGUUUAACAUAUCGUCCUGGAGUGUGAAUAGCAGAGAAAACCCUGAGGAGGAUGUUGUAAUAAAUAGCAAGGAUUAUAUCUUUAAUGACCUGGAAUCAGGGCAGAUCUACUGUUUCCAGGUGGAGUAUUUGCUCUACCAUAAGCCAUAUGGAAAGGCUAGCAAGGAAAGAUGCGUUUUCAUCCCUGAAACACCUGAAGCAAAAAAGAAACGUGUUUUGAUCUACGGUCCACUGAUCACAUGUUUUGUUUUGAUGGUGUGCGGUUUCUGCAUUUUUCUAUUUUGUAAAUGCAAGAGUAAUAAAAGAGUGCAAAGUGUGGUUAAAGAGUGGUUCCAGCCAUUCAAGCUGGACCUUCCUGACCACUAUAAAGAGUUUCUGUCCAGCGAGUUUCCUGUUGGAUUGGCUCCAAGUCCCAGUAUUCCAAGCUUACAGUCAGAUGACUUUAUUAUAUUAAAGGAGAACGCUGACGUGGAGGAGAAUGGGCAAGAAGCGGAACAACAGAAGACUGAAAUAUUAUGAUUGUUUUUAUGUGCCUAAUAAUUCCUUUGCGAUUUAACAUAAUUUGCUCAUCACUAACAAGCUUACGAAUCCAGAUUUGACUUGUGUAAGCAUUAAUAGUUUUCAGUGAAGUGACCUGUGCCAGGACCUGGUAGGCAAAAAAAAUGGGUCAAAAUGGCUGCUACACUUUGAACUCCAUAAAAAAUGCAGCACAAACUAGUAACAUUUUUAUCUGUUUCAAGCUAUGAGUAUUUGGAUCGCAUAUGAUCACAAACUGUAAAAUGUGUGCACUUGCAAUCAAUAUGCUGCACGUGCAGUCAUUUAAAACCCUCUCAGAGAUCCAAUUCUUACAUAAUGUUAUCUUUUAGAUAUUCCUCAACAAUUGAAUCGUUUGUGAGGGCGUUGUAGCACGUUCGUGUCUGCUUUUAUCUACCUGCGAGGUAGAAUUGAAACUGUAUAAAAAGCAUACAAACGAUUUGACCCUUAUAGGUACCAUGGUUUGUAAAAAUCCUUAAAUAUCUCCUUUACGGUUGUUCUGUUUCUGAAGGAAUUCAGAAUACAGUGUUGCUGUUAUUGAAUGCUUUUUUUUAUUUGUCCAUCUCAAUGUCUAGCACUUAACACUAAAUCUGAAAUGCACUGUUUGUAGCCAGAGUCCUAGGACCGUUUGAUGUCUGAAAUUUCAAUCUGUGUAUGUGUUGUGGGGUAAGUUGGGCUUCACCGUACUAUCCUUCAACAUUAUUAUUUUGUAAAUUAUAAAAGAAAUCUGCAAAUCACUGUAAUAAUAAACUAGUUUUUGUUUGUCACUAACAGUAACAGGCUGCUUAAUUUAACCGUCUACUAUUCUUUCCCUAUUAAAAUUUAAUUACAAGACAGUUCUCAGUAUUGCAUGCAACAUUGUUUUUUUUUAAAUUCUUUCUAAAUAUCAGUAUGCUGAUGUUCUGUGUGAAGGAGAUGAACAUUUACUUUAAUGUCUGCCAUAAUAUAUUACUAUACUUAAUGUCAAUUUCCGAUACAUAAUUGCUGUACAUUUCAUUUGGUUGCCAUAGUGGAUUCAUGCUGUGAAAAAAUAUGAGUAUGAGGAACUGGAGCUGUUUCAGGGCUUAUUUAAAUGAUUAAAUGUUUUGUGUGUGUUUAUGUUCUUUUAAAAGUUAUAGUGACAGUGCCUUCAUGCUGUUUCAGAAUUAAAACCAACAUAAAAUGUAAAGAUUUGGAAUUGCAUUGUGCUUUUUUUUUUAUUAUUGUAUCGAAAUGUUCACACUGUGUAGGUCAGAGAUCAGUCUUUCUUAUUUAUUUUGUGCAGUUUUGCUGUUUUUGAGCCACCUUAGGAGGGUGUACAGUUUCACAAGUGGCCUCUUCAAAAAAAGGAACUAAAUAAAGUAAUAAUACAAAAA